AUGGCUAGAAAACCCAUCUUGGACUUGUUACCACGGAAUUUGGAAUUUCACAACCUAUCACAUGUCACCCUCACCGCGACGCAGUCACGAACUCUUGGCCUGGGCCUAAAAUUUAGACCCACGCUUCGACCACCCGCUGCUCGCGUUUUUGAAAAUCAAAUACAGGAUUUUUGUCGUAGCGUCCGACUGCAUUAUAAGUAUGCUGAUAAGCCCGAUGACCCUGAUUUCAAUCCCAAACUAUAUGUGAAGUCAGGGUGGAAUCCUCCACGGGAAGAUCCUGACCUCGAGGAAAACCUGUACAAAAUCCGCCAAGAGCUGCUGACAAACUUAAGCGACAACAGACCACUAUGGAAAAAUAACUUAUCCCGCGAAGAACGAAGUGGCCUGCGAGAGAUCAAGGAAGACCCGUCGGUUCGUGUUCUCGCAACAGACAAAAACCUCGGACCUGCUCUCGUCUCCACCGAAUGGGUAAAACAAGAGACUCUUAAACAUCUUAAUGACACUAAAACAUAUUCUAAAGUUACAGCAGAUGACUGGACUUAUAGACGUCUUAAGGUAAUUGAGACUCGCGAUAAACUCGUAAAUAGUUUCUCGCACUUUUUACCCCUCAACUCGCAUAAGUUUCUCCGCAGCAUCGACAAUGUUUCUAGUAGUUUCAAUCCUGCUAAAUUUUAUAUUAUUCCCAAGAUUCACAAGUCACCUAUAGUGGGGAGGCCUAUUGCGGCCUCUCACUCUUAUAUCACCAGACCUAUUAGCAUUUUUGUAGAUGAGUUAGUUAAACCUUCUAUUAUUAUGCCUACGGUAUUACGUGACUCUGGUGAACUGAUCCAAUGUUUAGAGAAAGUUGAGCUACCCGCUAAUUGCCUUCUUGUUACGGCGGACGUGUCAUCACUUUACCCCAACAUCGACACCAAGAAGGCUAUUAUUGCUCUUGACCUCUUGCUUAGAGAGAGCAAGGUUGCUCAGACUCCUCUAUUGGUUCAGUUAACCAGGUUAGUCUUUGAGAAUAAUUUCCUCAAAUCGGAAUUUAGCAAUGACAUAUACCAUCAAACAUUUGGUAUUGCCAUGGGAACUCCUUUCGCCGUAACAGCUGCCAACGCUUUUAUGUAUCAUCACGAGAGAGACAUUGUUGAGACGCAUUCUCGGUAUAUCACUCUCUAUAAGCGUUUCAUAGAUGACAUAUUUGUUAUCUGGGCUGGCCCUCACGAAAAUCUUCUAGAAUUUCUUCAUGCUAUUAAUACUAAGGACGAACGUAUUAAGAUAACUUACGAGAUUAGCGAGUCUAAGAUCUCAUUUCUGGACUUACUACUUUUUAAAGAUUCCGCGUCUAAAACGCUGCAAUAUUCUACCUUUCAG